AUGACACCUGAGAUGAAUGAAGAACUCAUACAAAUUUUUAUUGAAAAGGAGAUGGCGACUGCUUUACAUCAAAUGAACCCAACAAAAGCUCCAAGUCCUAAUGGCAUGGCACCAAUAUUCUAUCAAAAAUAUUGGCACAUAGUUGGUAAGGAUGUCCUUUCUGCAGUGUUACAUGCUUUAAACUUCGGUAAGUUUCCUGUUGAUCUUAACCACACUUUCAUUACUCUCAUUUCUAAGAAGAAGAAGCUUGAGAUUGUUGCCAAUUAUAGACUCAUUAGUCGUUGUAAUGUGAGCUAUAAAUUGAUCUCAAAAGUGCUAGCAAAUAGGCUAAAGGCUAUUCUCCCUCAUGUGAUUUCUAGUUCACAGAGUGCUUUUAAACUGCUGGAGAAAUAUGAGGAAGCCUCAAGUCAACAAGUUAAUAGAGGGAAAACUUCAAUGGUUUUUAGCAGGAAUCUAUGUCCCGGUCUUCAAGAUGAGCUCAUGUCUCUAUGGGGGCAUAAAACUAUGAAUCAAAGUAUGGCUAAGGGUGCAAUCCAAACUAGUGAUACAACAGUGGAUAGUCUUAUAGAUUGCGACACUAAUUGGUGGGAUCUUGAGAAAGUAAAGGUUGUUCUCCAACCUAGAGCUGCAACAGAGGUGUUGAAGUAUCUACUCACACUUGGUAAUAAUAAAGAUAGACUAAUUUGGGAGAAGGAGAAAGAUGGGAAAUACAGUGAAAAAGUGCCUACAAGUUACUUUGUGAUAUGA